AUGUCGACCCAAUCCCCAAUUUAUAUGCCGCCCCGUGGUGACGAAACGGCCCCGACAUUCAACCCUUCGAAGCCUCGAGAGCUCCGCCAUUAUUUUAGUGACCUCGAAUUUCUCUUCGACCAAGCACAAGUCACGGACCACGCCGCACGCAAGAAACACGCGAUCCGUUAUGUUGAUAUCGACGUCGCCGACCUGUGGGAGUGCAUCACCGAAUUCUCGAGUGCCGACGCCACCUACGAUGAGUUCAAGACCGCCGUAAUCAAGCUGUACCCUGAGGCCGACGAAAACUUCAAGUUCACGCUCUCGGACAUGGAUCAUGUCGUCGACAGCCGCCUUCGACUUGGGAUACACUCGCUCAACGAUCUCGCUGACUAUCACCGCGAAUUCAGAGCCGUUACGAGCUUCCUCGUCACCAAAGAUCGCCUUGCCACGAUGGAGCAAGAACAUGCAUUUGCCCGAGGAUUCCAGCCCAAUUUUUGGUCGCUCGUUGCUCGACACCUGCAGAUCAAGGACCCAGAUCACUUCCCAGAUACGCCAUACACCAUCGAGAACGUUAUGGACGCCGCGCGAUUCAUCCUUCGAGGAUUUUCUGCCACUAUUCCGUCGCCCUCAGCCACAGCAAUGACUACGAUGACUUCUCUGCCACCAGACUCUGUCAAACUCGAAGCUCUCGGUCCCAUCUUCUCAGAACUCACCAAGACGAUCAUCGGAGCCUUUCAGCAGUCGAACCAGCCCGCCAGCCUCAUUCUUCGUCGUCUCCGGCCCCAGUAG